AUGGCCGUUGACGGCGUUAUAAAGAUCCCGUCUUUGGCCAAACUAUGCGAUGACUUUGAUGGAACAAUGGUCAGCCCGGUGAAAGUAAGUUGAGCGGUAUGAAUAGUUUUUACAAAUUAAAUAUAAAUAUAUACGAAAUAUAAUAAAUAAAAAUGAAAGCAUCAAAGCUCUUUUACUAAUCAUUCCGGAAAGUCGGCGGCGCUGGCAGUGAGAAAACAAAAGUUUUUUUUGCACUACGCAAUUUCUUGAUUUUUGUGUCCUAUAAUAGGCUUUUUUCCGGCUGUUGCCCGCACUCUGACCUUUGUCGUACAGUGCAAAACGCCAAAAAUAGCCCAGCGACUUUCCAAAAGGUCUAAUAAAUGUGCCAGGUAAAGUGUGGCUCAAUAUCAACUCAUGGGACUUUUGGUACGCGCUCAAAAACAAGCCUAACAAAAAUGGUAUGCGCUGAAAAACAAGCCUUGUAAGACGUGCUAUCCUAGUGCGAGAAACCAUAGAAAAUAAGGAGAUAACGGAGGAAGAGAUUAUUUUUAGGAAAUGCUUUAUUUUUAUAUGUCACUAGAAAAAUAGCUUUUUGGCAAUGAUCGAAAAUAAAGUCACUGUAAAUUUUGUGAUAAUGCAUGCUGAAGGCUUACAUAUUCUUUGUAAGAGAUUAAUCAUAAAUUGAUGUAAACUUGAACAAAAUCUGCGUUACAAUGCAAAGCGUUAUGGUAACCGCGUUUUGAAGGGCUAUUCAAACUUCUUCGAAAAAAUCUUGAAAAAUCGGUCGUAUCUUUCUUUUUUCACAUACUUCCAGAAAUCCUAGGAGAAAGGUGUCAACACGAAAGUUUCUUAGAAUUGUCCAUUCUAUAACACAGAGAAAGUCCGGAGACAAUCCAACCUCUGGUAGAUGAGAUCCUGGAAAUGCGGGAAAGCUACAGUACACUUACAGUAGGCCAAUAAUCAAAUUUUUUUUUCCUGAAAUUUAAUAUUCGCGAUAAGGGUAACAACAUAUGGUUAGUGUGUGUUUCAUGGCUCUACUAUGACAUCUGGUCUUAUGUGCACAAGGCAAAUCUGAAAGCUCGAGUCCCUCGCAAAACUUGUUUUAACUUCAAUUCACGUAUUUUACCAAAAAGCCAUUCUCACCAAUCCACAUUCUAUUAUUUCAGUCCCAACUCCACAAACUCAGCGAUCUUUGCGUGGUCGAUAUCACUGGCCGAAAAACCGACUGCACCCUCGCUUUCCCCGUCGAAAUGGGCUUCAUUGCGACGGAUUUGGUGACGAAAGACGAAAAGAAAAUGGUCGAUAAAAGAUUGGGAAGACAUGCCCGUGGAUUCAAGCGCUGCUACGUCAGAAUAUUCGACUCGACUGUGAUGCAAAUUUUCAUGUUUUAA